AUGAAUAAAGAAAAUAUAGAAAAAUUAUUAAGUAUAAUUGACAUAUUAGAUAAAAUAACUAAUUCUAAUGAAACUCAGAAUGAAAGUGAAAAUAAAUUAAAAAGUUUUAUUUCUAGUGAGUUAUCAGGAGUAUUUGAUGAUUCAAACAAUCAGAAUUCCUUAUUCCCGUUAAAUUAUGAACAAGAUGUAAAUGAAUCAGGUGCAAAUAAAAUAAUUAAUGAAAUGAAAACAACAAAAAGUUUUUUCUAUAUAAACAAAACGAAUAUGAAUGAAAACGAAUCUGAAAUAAAUGAACAGACUAAUUUUUUAAGAAAAGAUAUUUGUUCAAAACAUUCAAUAAUACAGAGUUAUGAUUCUGGAAAAUUAAGUUAUUUAUCCGAUGAAAAAAAGGAAAAAAACCAUAGUAAUCCUGUGAUAAAUAUAAAUGCAGAUAAUUAUGAAGAAUUUAAUAAAAUGAAUUUAGAUUUAAAUAGAGUUGAAACAAUAUCUGUAGAUGAUACUUCAAGAAAAACAAAAUACAAUGAACAAAUAUGUAAAAUGAACUCACCGAUAAGUGAUAUGUUUUCUCUCAUUAAAAUAGAAACAGAUAAUUUCACAUCUAAGAGAAAUUCAUUAAAUAUUUUAAGAGAUUAUUUUAGUGAUACAGAAUUAUUGCUAUUCAAUAAUAGUAAUAAAAAAAAAAAAAAUUUGUUAAAUAUGUUAAAAAAAAAAGAAUUGAAGAAAUAUAACAAUGCGAGAUUAAGAGUUGAUUCAUUAGAAAGUACAACAAGAAUUACUCAUUCAAAGAAAUACAAGACAAUACAAGAUAAAGUUGAAUUAGAUGGAUGUUUAGAUCAUAGAAUUAUUGGACAAUUAUUUGAAAAAAUUAUAGAGCAUCUAAAUGUUAAUUUAAAAGAAACUUUAAAUGGAUACAUAAAAGAGAUAAAUAAAUUAAAUAAAACAAAUGAAAAUUUAAAUAAUAAAUUAGAAACAGCUGUUGAAAAUAAUGAUGAACAAGCUCAAGAAAUAAGAGAUUUAAAUAAAAGAAUAAAAUUUAUAGAAGAGCAAAAAUUAGAAUUAAAUAAAAUAAUAGAAAAGUAUGAAUUUGAAAUAGAUAAUUCAAAGAAAUUAGAAAAUAAAAUGCAAAGUGAUGAAAAACAAAGAAGCGCACUAGGACAUGAAAUUAAAAAUUUGAAAAAAGAAUUAAAUACCAUGAUUAUUUUAAACGAUAAAAUAAAAAAAGAAAAGUUGCUAUUACAAGAGAAAAUUAAAAAUCAGAAUUAUGAAAUUAAAAAAGAAAAAGAUAAAUUAAGGAUGGCUAAUGAUAUGAUUUUAGAAAAGAAUAAUUUAAUUUCAAAAUUACAAUUGGCUAAAAAUAUUGAUAUUCCUUACAAAGAACUAAAAAAUAAAAGACAUAUAAUUCCAUAUAAAACAAAAAACAAAAUUAUUGAAAGAUAUCAAAGUGAUACAAUUUUAGAUAAUUAUGAUAGAAUUAAAAAUAAAUUAUUUGAGAGUAAUGAAAGAUGUUUUUUUUUAUCCAAAACUAAUUUAGAAUUAUUCAAAGGAUUAAAAAAAAAAAAAAAAAAGAUUGACGCAUUAAAUAAACAAUUGUCUUAUCUCAAACAUGCUCUAUUAAAAGGAAAAGAAAAACAAGAUGAAUCUAAUUCUCAUAUCUUAAAAGAAAAAAAUAUAAAUGUUGUUAAAAGUUCCAUUAAUAGUGAUUCUUCAAGUGAGAAAAUUUCAAAAUUAAUGAAUAAAAAUAAUUCUUUAGUUAAAGAAGAAGAUAAUAAAGCCUAUGAAUUAGAAUAUAAUGAAAAAAUUUGUAAAAUUAAAAAUUUAGAAGAAAUUUUAAAUAAUAAAAUUAGUGAGAAUAAUUUAUUAAAGAAAAAAUAUGAAAUUCUGUACAAAAAGUAUAUAAAAAUAUUAAAAAAGAAAUUAAGAAAAAACAAUGAUUUUACAUUUAUUGAAAAAAAAAUUGAAGAAAUAUUUCCAAAAAAUGAUGUAAUUCAUUCAUUUUAUUUAAAAAAAAGUUUAAAUAUCUCCAAAAAAAAUAUCCGUAAGGAUAAUAAGUUAAUAAGUUAUAUAAAAGCAAAAGUUGUUGAUAAAAAUGUAAAUAUAAACAAAUUCAAAAAUUAUAAAGCAGAAAAUAAUUAUAAUGAUGUAGAAUUUUAUGUCUCCAAUGAAAUUUUACGAAGAAUGGAUGUAAAAGACAUUUUAAAUAUAAGAUAUAUUUAUUCAUAUGGAAACGAAAAAUUUACUAAACAAUUUAGCCAAAACGGGAGUAUUUGCAAUUUUUACAAAUGUAAAUGA